CCAACCAAUAUCAUCACCAGAAAGAAAAAAAAACUGAAAAUCUGAAGACAUUAAUCAUCUUGUCAGAGUCCUUGUUACAACAGCGUCUUUCCAAUAAACAUGUCCUCCCCACAAAGAGAAGGGUUUUCUGUCCCGGCAUCCAUUUCGCACGCUGCUCACGGUCAAGUUUCCAAUAAGUCUUUGGGUGUCAAAUAUAACUGCGCUCAAUGUGCUGCUUCUUUCAGUUUGGGUAAAGCUGAUGCCAUUAGAUGUAAAGAAUGUGGUCAUAGGGUUAUUUAUAAAGCAAGAACCAGAAGAAUGGUGCAAUUCGAAGCCCGUUAAGUUGUAUGCUUUUCGUUAUCUGUUAUUGA